AUGACCUCUCAAGCCCCCACCGAGAUAGAAACGCGCCUGUUUAUCAACGGCCAGUUUCGCCCUGCUUCAGAUGCAGCUACAUUCCCUUUAAACUCGCCUACAACACUGGAACAGGUAGCUCUAGUCCCCGAAGCCUCAGUCGAAGAUACAAACGACGCAGUCGCAGCAGCCAAGGCAGCAUUCCCAGCAUGGUCCGCCCUCUCACCCCACGACCGCGGGGCCUACAUGACCAAGCUCGGCGACCUGAUGCUCGAAUCCGAAGCCGAACUCGCGCAUCUCGAGGCCAUCUCCAUGGGCCGGCCCAUCUCUGGCUACUGGGAUGCAAAAGCCGCAGUUAAGAAACUGCAAUAUUUCGCCUCCUGCGGCUGGAACGGCCAGGGCCAGACAAGUCUCAACACACCAGGCUUCGUCAAUAUGACCCUGCGCCAGCCAUUCGGUGUCGUCGCGGUUAUUAUCCCAUGGAACGUUCCGGUCUACUUCUUCAUCAAUAAAGUCGCCCCGGCCCUUGCAGCAGGAAAUACCGUGGUCGUCAAGAGUAGCGAGAAAGCCCCACUAACUUCCGCAAAACUCGCACACCUAAUCCAGCGCGCCGGGUUCCCACCAGGAGUCAUCAACGUCCUCUCCGGGCACGGCCACAUCUCCGGAACCACGCUCGCGCACCACAUGGACGUACGCCUAUUCACAUUCACAGGCUCCGGGCGCACAGGCCGUCUAAUCCAACAAGCAGCAGCCAAGUCGAACCUCAAGAACGUGAUCUUCGAACUCGGCGGGAAAUCACCAACCGUUGUCUUCGGCGAUGCAGACCUCGAAAAGGCAGCACGGGAGUCCGCGUAUAGUAUCCAGUGGAACAGCGGGCAGGUAUGCAUGGCGAACUCGCGGGUUUACGUGCAUGAAUCUGUGGCGGGGAAGUUCGUCGAGCUGUUUAAGCAGAAUCUGCAGAGGAUUCGGAUUGGGGACCCGACUGACCCUGAGACGAAUCAUGGACCGCAGGCGGAUGCAGUGCAGUUUGAGACUGUGAAGCGGUAUAUCGAGAUGGGGAAGCAGACGGGGCAACUUGCGCUCGGUGGAGGACAGGAUCUAGAGACGAAGGGCUAUUUUAUCCCGCCGGUCGUAUUCACAGACACGCCGGAGGAUGCGCAGAUCAUGAAGGACGAGAUAUUUGGGCCUGUGGUGAACAUCAAUACAUUCGAGACCGAGGCGGAGGUUGUUCAGAAGGUCAAUGCUACCGAGUUCGGGCUAUACGCUGCUGUGUAUACGCGCGAUGUGAGUCGGGCUAUGCGGCUGGCUACGUCGAUGGAGGCUGGGACUGUCGGUGUCAACUGUACAAGUCCGAGCGGUGCGUUUGAUCUUCCCUUUGGAGGAUACAAGGCGAGUGGAAUUGGGAGGGAGGGGAUUCACCACAGUUUGGAUAAUUACCUUGAGACGAAGACGGUGCUGCUGAAGGUUGACGAGGCGUAG